CCAACUCCGCGCAGGAGGAGGGCCCCAAGCUGCUUUCUCCACCUCCUCACACUGCUCCCCGCCAGCGAGGGGGAGGCUUUUGAGAGCCCCUAUCACUGCUGGCCGCCUUUUUAUGUUGUCUGCAGGAAGAAAGAGGGCGAGGGAUAAGUUGGUUUUGGGAACUGACCUCUGGCCCGGCGGGUCUCUGGGAGGGGAGGGCAGAAGAGGAGUGAUUGGGGCUGGGGGACUCCAUGCGGGGGCCAUGGACAGAGUGGCCCUCCUGGGACUGUCCCGCCUGUGCGCGCUGUGGGCAGCCCUGCUCGCGCUGUUCCCCUGCGGAGCCCAAGGAAACUGGAUGUGGUUGGGCAUCGCCUCCUUUGGGGUUCCGGAGAAGCUGGGCUGCGCCAACUUGCCGCUGAACAGCCGCCAGAAGGAGCUGUGCAAGAGGAAACCGUACCUGCUGCCGAGCAUCCGAGAGGGCGCCCGCCUGGGCAUUCACGAGUGCAGGAGCCAGUUCAAACACGAGAGAUGGAACUGCCUGGUCGCCGCCACCGCCCCGCCGGGCACCAGCCCCAUCUUUGGCUAUGAGCUGAGCAGCGGCACCAAGGAAACUGCAUUUAUUUAUGCUGUGAUGGCUGCAGGCCUGGUGCAUUCUGUGACCAGAUCUUGCAGUGCAGGCAACAUGACGGAGUGUUCCUGUGAUACCAACUUGCAGAACGGCGGCUCAGCGAGUGAAGGCUGGCACUGGGGGGGCUGCUCCGAUGAUGUCCAGUAUGGCAUGUGGUUCAGCAGAAAGUUCCUAGAUGUCCCCAUCAAAAACAACACGGGAAAGGACAGCAAAAUACUGUUAGCAAUGAACCUACAUAAUAAUGAAGCUGGAAGGCAGGCCGUCGCCAAGUUGAUGUCAGUAGACUGCCGCUGCCAUGGAGUUUCCGGCUCCUGUGCCGUGAAAACGUGCUGGAAAACCAUGUCUUCUUUUGAAAAGAUUGGCCGUUUGUUGAAGGAGAAAUAUGAAAACAGUGUCCAAAUCUCAGAAAAAGUAAAGAAGAAAAUGCGCAGGAGAGAAAAAGAUCAGAGGAAAAUACCAAUCCACCAGGAUGAUCUGCUCUACAUUAAUAAAUCUCCGAAUUACUGUGUAGAGGAUAAGAAACUAGGGAUCCCAGGGACCCAAGGCAGAGAAUGCAACCGUACGUCAGAGGGCGCAGAUGGCUGCAAUCUCCUCUGCUGUGGCCGAGGCUACAACACCCACGUGGUCAGACACGUGGAGAGGUGUGAGUGCAAGUUUAUCUGGUGCUGCUAUGUGCGCUGCAAGAGGUGUGAAAGCAUGACCGAUGUCCACACUUGCAAGUAACCACCCAUCCAGCCUUGGGCAACACUCCUGUGACAUACGUCGAGGGUGCCACUCAGAGGGUGCCUCUCCUGUGCACUCUGGCUUGGGAAUUCCAAGAUCCUUGGGCCUCUCUUGGAGCUCCCUUUACCUGAUGGAUGUCCAAUCACACAUGAGCAUAUGGAUUUCUUGGGAUUCUAAAGUUGAAAUGGUCUGGGUUCAUCUUUUGGUGGGUUGGGGCAUACAUAUUGACAUACAAGGAAGAUAAUCUGUCUCCUAAGGAAGAAGGAACAGGAAAGAGCCUUCAUGCCAGGAGACCUGGUCCAUACUCAGGGUAAGAUCCUUGAGUAUGGAACUCAGGUCUGGAACUCAUGGGUGAAUAUGGGUGAAUAUUAGUCAUUAUUAAAAGCCACCUCUUAUAGCAGCAAGGAGCAGUAAACAUGAAUCUCAUUUAUUUUUUCAGUAUUUUAUAUGAAGAAAUCAUACUCUUAGUGCAUAGAAACAGAAGAUGUUGAAAAGUUAACAGAAGUGGUGGGUGCUUACUUACCCUUUCAUGCACUUCAAAAGAAAGGCAAUUAAAAAGAAUCUUCAUAAGUGAUACAAUAUCCCUAAGAAGUGUUUGUUAGAGAUGUUUAGUGAUGAAAGGAAAGAAUCAAAAUGUAAAAUGUAAAAGGUAUUAUUUAGGCUUUUAACCAGAAGAAUUCAUCUAGAAAAAUAUCAGUAAGGUAUAUAGCAAUCUUUGAUCUUUGCUUUGACACUUUAAUAGUAGACCAGUUUCCACUAUUAAAAACCCAACUCUGAAAUACUGGGUGAGCAAGGGAUCCUGAAAGCAUGUAGGAAAAUUAGAGAUAAAGAUAUAAAGGGCUCUCAUACAUUGUAAGGAAAAGCACACUUUAAAUGUGUAAAGACAGUAUUUUGUAUAAUAUUUUGCUAAAAAAAAAGUCUUAUAUUUUGUAAAUACAGUAUUUAAGUUAUAUGAUAGAUAUAAAAACUUAGGACAUUUAUUGCCAAAGCCCAAGAGCUAAGGCAAUAAUUAUCCCAGAAAUAAUAUUAGCUUCUGUUUCUUUUCAUACUAUUAACUCUGACAUUUUUUAUACAUUGAAAAAGAAGUUAAUUGAGCAGUUAGUUGUAUGGAUGUGUAUUUCUUGCCAAAA